CUCAAAUCCCCCUUCACACAGCAAGAAACACGCCCGCUUUCCCUUUGCUCUCCAACACCGACACACGCACUCAAUUCACCACGUCAGUCUUUUCCACACAUCCCUCGUAGGCCUUCAGCAGCCGCCUCUCGAAGUCUUCGUCCCUGGUAAACACACGCCCAUCGACCUCCACCACCGGCUGCAGCUCAUGCAGCGAGUUGACCAAAUACAGCUGACAGCGGCCGGGUGGGGGGAGAUCGUCCGCCCGCCAUCUCACUUGCUCCGUCUUGAUGCCCAACACGCUCCUAGCCCCAUGUAUCAUCACGUCAAUCGUGGACCCAUGCAGCAGAGGCAGCUCGAAGCACGGCGUAUAGAGGGAGCCGUCACGGCGGAUGAGAAGGUUGGCAAAGGCGGACUCGAGCAGCCAUCCCUCAGGGCUGACAGAGAUGAUGUCGUCCACAUUUCUGCUGACGGCCUCCUGCCGGUACAUCAGUCGCUCCAGAUAGGCCAGCGACUUCAGGGAUGACAGGCGAGCAGAUGACGCACGCCGCUCGGAAAGGGCCACACGUAAGCCACCAACACCCGUUUCCCCAUUGCGGAUUGGCUUGAGCAUCAUCAGCAGUGUCCCAUGAUCCCUCUCCGGCAGAGCAAGCGACGGCUGGCAGCCGCCGGUGACGAUAAUCUUGAGCCGCCAAGUCCCCCUCUCCGCUGCAUUCGCCUGGACGAGAGCCUUCACAGCCGACAGGUUGAUGUCAGGCGCCCUGAUGCCCAGCGAGCAACAUUGCUCCAUCAGGUUCCGGACGUGAGCACCGAAUUCUCGUACAGUGCCGUCAGAGAUCUUCAUGGUGGUGAAGAUGCCGUCGCCGAAUAGGAAGCCUCGGUCUGUGACGGGAAUGGCGGCGACAGACCCGUCCAGCAACUCGCCGUUCAGCCACACCUCCGGCAUGGC